CUGAUCUGCCGGGUCUUCGCUGAGCUGACAGCUUCGCUUUUCUGGCGUGCUUGACCUGCUUGGUAUCUGACCGGAGGCGUUAUGGCUACUCGAAGGUGGUCCUUGUUUGUACCGGCACCGCUGUCUACCGGCGUAUAUCUUCAUGCAAUCUGCUAAUAUUGAAGGUCCUGUCCCCAGGAGUUUCUCCCUCUUGCCAUGAGUAUUGCUGUGUCACCAAUGGCCACCGACGCCACAUCUCCGAUGAUCACAUCUGUCACACCCACCGUGGAGCCCCGGGGAGAGGAGACAGAGAAAAAAUGCGACCCGGGCCAGCGCUACGAGAAGUUGCCACCCCUGCACACUGUGGCGGACUGGAAGGUGGUCCUUCACCUGCCCGAAAUCGAGACGUGGCUGCGCCUCACCACAGAAAGGGUCCGGGACCUGACGUACUCAGUCCAGCAGGACGCUGAGCACAAGCACGUCGAUGUGCACCUGGUGCAGCUCAAGGACAUUUACGAGGACAUCUCUGAUCAUGUCGAGCAGAUUCACGCCUUGCUAGAGACGGAGUUUUCCCUGAAGCUUCUCUCCUACUCGGUCAACAUCAUCGUGGACAUCCACACCGUGCAACUCCUGUGGCAUCAGCUUCGCGUUUCUGUCCUCGUCCUCAAGGAACGAGUCCUGCAGGGUCUCCAGGACUCCAACGGAAACUACACCCGCCAGACAGACAUACUGCAGGCUUUCUCAGAAGAUAAGAAUGAGGCUCGACUUGACUCUUUAACUGAGGUGGACGACUCGGGCCAGCUGACCAUCAAGUGCAGUCAGGACUAUUUCUCACUGGAUUGUGGAAUCACUGCGUAUGAGCUGAGCGAUUACAGCCCAAGUGAAGACCUGCCCACUGAGGUAGACGCGAUGACCUCCAGCCAAGUGAAUCCCAAAUCCCACAAGGUCUGCUGUUACCCUGACUUUCCGGAAAUUACCGAGAGUAUGGGCUUAUUAACAGUAACAGCUGAGUGCCUGUCUCCUGAGCGAGAAAACGUCACCCAACGGGAUGUCUCUUUGCCCAACUUUUCUAAAACCCAGGUGGCGACCAAUGAAAAUCAGUCAAUCAGUGUCUCUCCGCCCGAUGUAGGACAAAACACCGGACUUGUGGAUAGUGCCUCUAUAACGUAUUCAGGGUCACCUCACCACUCCAAUCAAUCCAUGAAAAGCCGCCAUCAGUCAUGUUGUGAAAGCCUCCUGUCCAAGAGGACCAGCAGAGACUGCUUUAACGACAACGAAGUGUCGCCAACCCGACCGUCACAACCAAAGAAGGCUAUGUAUUUCAAAGGCAUGUCCAGAGAUGACAUUGAGUCCAUCCUCAACAAAAUUCAACCAUCUUCCCUUUUGUGCAGAGCAGAGGUAAGCAGAAGUAGUCCUUCUCUGCUUGACCCGCCCGACAGGUCCAACUUUUGGCUGGAACUGAAGUCAGUCUACCCCAGCAAUCCCCCUUCGGCCAUAAGCCAGUCCUACGAGUGUCUCAAUAAAAUCGAAGAGCAGAAGGACAUGCAGCCGCUGAGCAACAAUGGCCGAGGCCCAGUCACCCAAAUAAACUCCUUGGAGAGAAAUCGAAAAAGUGAACUCACUGAGGAAAAGAAAGUUAUCGACGUUCCUCAACAUGACAACAGUCCAAGAAUUUCCAGUCAUGGGCAGGAAACGCUAAGUGGUCGAGAAGAGAAAGCCCGAGCCACUCUUCCAAAGACUUCUGCUCAGAGUAAAGACAACGAUAUCCCAUCAGGGAAAGAAUCAACAGCACCAUUUUGCCGUACAGAGUCACAGCAUUUACCGGUUUCAACUCUCCCAGCAAAAGACAAGGACUCAGCAUCACCGGAAAACAUCGAGAGCCGCAGAAAUCGCGACAUGUGGUAUGGUUCUGACGAGUAUUUGUCCCUGCCGUCACAACUGAAGAAAACAGAACUGCUAGCUCUAAAACUGGAAAACCUUGCAAAAGUCGUACCUCAGAAUCCCAGAGAGGAGAUCUUCCAGGACAUUGAUGACUGGGAAUUGUCGGAAGUGAACUCGGACUGCGAGACCUACCCUCUCUUCCAGCCCAGUCGGAGACACGGCAGGGAACUGACCACAGGGAUGAUUUCUCCUACGUCUUCCAGCGACAUUGCUCCCUCUUUGGAUGAGAGCCUUGAAUCCGGGACUCUGAGUGAUCUUCUGUCUGAAGAAGAGCUGCUCCAUUUACCGGAAAAAUGCACCAAACAGCGGGGGGAGUGGAGCGUGCCCACCCCCCGCAAUGCCGACGACCCCAACCUCAGCAAAUCGGCUCUCAUUCAACAGCUGCUUGAAGACAUUCGCCACCAGGACAAUUACGAGGCCAUUUGGGAAAAGAUGGAGGCUUUUGUCAACAAGUUGGACGAGUUCAUCUGCUGGCUACACGAAGCCCUCGAGAUGACGGACAACUGGACUCCACCAAGAGCGGAGACAGACAGCCUCAAACUGUACCUGGAGACCCACCUGAGUUUCAAGCUGAACGUGGACAGCCACGCUGCCUUGAAGGAUGCUGUGCUGGAGGAGGGUUGCCAGCUCCUGGAGUUCAUCGUGUCCCACAAAUCAGGACUGAAGGACAUGCUCCAGAUGAUUUUAAGUCAGUGGAAAGAGCUGCAGAAACAAAUCAAGCGUCAGCACAGCUGGAUCCUGCGAGCCUUAGAGAUCAUCAAAGCGGAGAUCCUGGCUAGUGAUGUGUCUCAGGAGGAAGAAGAUGGAGCGGGCAGCCCCAAGGGAGAAGAGCAGAAGUGCCACCUGGAUGCCCAGAGAGAUGUGGUCGAGCAGAUGAGCCUCAAGCUCUACAGCCACCAAUUCUCAAGCAGCAUCCAGAGGAAGAAGGAGUUUGCCGAGAUGUCCAAGGCCAAUACGACGGGAAGUAAAAGCAUGCUGGACUUUGAGUUGGACUACCAGGAGCUCUGGGAUUGGCUGACUGACAUGGAAUCCAUAAUGAUGGACAGCCACGACCUGAUGAUGUCAGAGGAGCAGCAGCAGCAUCUCUACAAGGGAAGCUUUGCAGAAAUGGUGAUCUGGCGGCCCAAGAAGAUGCAACUGCUGAGCAGAGUGGAGGCCGUCCAGAGGAGUGGGGCCGCCCUGCCGGAUGACGUGGAGACAAAGGUGGUGGCAUUGACCUCAAAGUGGGAUCUCCUGGAGAAAACUCUGGCUGAGAGGACGCAGAGCCCAACGGGUGGGCCAGCUGCUGUGGCUCAACGUGACCUGCUGUCCCCCGAGACCGGGAGCCUGGUGACACAGCUGCAAGGGCGGAUCAAAGAGCUGAAGGGCUGGCUGCGAGACACGGAGCUCUUCAUCUUCAACUCCUGUCAUCGGCACGAGAAGGACACGAGCCAGCAGGGCCACAAGCAGCUGCAGUACCUGAAGUCCCUGUGCUCCGAGAUUAAGCAGCGUCGGCGUGGUGUCACCUCUGUCCUGCGUCUGUGCCAGCGGCUUCUAGAAGAACAAGACACCUGCAUCCUCGAUUCAGAGAGGCAAUCCCUGCAGCUCAUUGUUGUCAACCUGGAAAGGAGAUGGGAAGCCAUUGUCAUGCAAGCUAUUCAGUGGCAAAAUCGGCUGCAGAAAAGUCUUGGUGAAGAGCAGGUACCUGUGAACAUCGUCGAGCCGGCACUCUUGGAUUUGAACUCAACGACAGAGGAUUCUUGGGAAUGGGAUGAGACGGACAUCAGUAACAACUUGAUCAGCAUCGAUAUGGAGUCAUGUGACUUUGAAGGAGCACCCAGCCGGACCCCGGAGAGCGUGGCUCAUGAUGUCUGCAUGGAUCGAUAUGAGCACAUGGCAGGUGCCAGUCUCUGCCUUCCACCCACCCACCCACAGAUAUAUCAAGUGUACAGUCUGCAUGGCGUCGAGCUGUACGGUGGUCCUCGCACACUCGGUCCAAAGACACCCGCCGGGGAUUCAAACGUCAAGCAGCCCAACUUGUUGAAGAAGAGCCUCAGCAAAGACUCGUCGUUCUCCUCCACCGAGUCCUUACCAGAUUUACUCGGGGGGAUCAUCACCAUCAAAGAAGGCAAAUACGUGUACUGCGGUGACGAGACUCGGCGGUCAGAAAGCGAGAGUGGCAUUGUGAGUGAGGGCGACACCGAGACCACCGCCAAUUCAGAGAUCUGCUCGCUCAAGCUUGCCGAGGAGCAGCAGGGCAGCAGUAGCACCGGCAGCCGGGGUGCAGACCCUAACCAGACCGACGUCAGCCGAAGCAACGACUCGUCGUACUGCGAAACCAGGGACAGCACAGGCUUAGUGUACGGCUUAGCUCAGCCUUGCAAAAACAAUGAGGACGUGCAUCAGGAGCAGCAGAUCUCGGGUGACAGCCAAUCAGAAACAGAGCAGAUCACUUGCAGGUGUGACGCCCGGCCAGUAGAGGGAGACAUUGGGUUCCAAGGAGUCCAGUCUGCCAAAGCUCAAGAUGGGACUUCAAGCGACUCGAAAAGCAGCCGAGUGCUCGCUGUUUUGUCACGCGGCUCUUCUCUGGACUCGCUCUCCAUUGCCGGAGAUCUGUUUACGUCGAGCCGGGAGGCUCUUCACCGCAGCACCUCGCUGGAAAGCUGGCUGGCUUCUGGCAGGAGCACCGAGGAGAUGUCCAGACAGCAGAGUCGGGCAGAGCUGGGUCUGAGCAGCGAUUCCCUGGGCGAGCUCAGCAAGAGGACGCUGGACCUGCUGAAGCGCCUGGAGAACGUCCAGAACCCCUUAAGCCAGAAGAUGAAGCGCAGCAUCUCGGACAUCACGCUACAGAGCAGCUCCCAGAAAGCGGCGCCAGCCAGCCAGCUGGUCCUUGAUGUCACUUCCUCGAUAAAUGAAGAUUCGGCGGCUUCCCUCACCGAGCUGAGCAGCAGCGAGGAUUUCUCCCUCUGUUCCGAGGACAUCGCCGUCCAGAGAAACCGAAUCGUGGACUGUAACGCCUCGUUUCGAAAGCAAGUCCAUCACAUAGCCAUCCCCGACGAGGCCGACGUCAGCAUCAGCAUGAUCGUCAACGUGUCCUGCACCUCGGCGUGUACAGAUGACGAUGAAGACGACAGCGAUCUGCUAUCGAGUUCCACUCUGACUCUGACCGAAGAGGAGCUGGGUGUCCAGAACGACGAGGAUGACGACGAUGACGAUAACUCGAGCAUCGCCACGGAUGAUGAAUACAUUGAGAGCAGCUUCGUCUCGGGACUGGAGUACAUGAAGAGUGAACUCCAGAACUGGAUUAAACCGAAAACAAGCCCGGCGAGGGAGAAGCUCGAGUCUGCGUUGGGAGACGAGUUGCAGUGCAGCGCCCUCUGUGGUGAGAAAGCCAGGCCCGUGAUAACGGCGCACGAACGACGAUUCUUAAGCCGCUCUGCGCUGAAACUGCUGGAAUCGAGCGUCAAGGCGAAAACUGAAGGAGUUCGCCAGAAGGAAUGGGGGUUCGGUCGGAAGGUUCUAGCCGAGCAGACCCGUCCUUACCGGAGUCAGUAUGUCGACGACAUGGAGAACGGCAAUGUGGAAGGUAGGCAUCUGAAAGGAAAAGACGAGGAGGAUGAGCUUCUGAAGGAGGAGGACGAAGACGAAGAGGAGGAGGAAACGAUUUUCGGCAACGGCGGGGAGGCUCUCUGUUCGCUGGCGGACAGUGCAAAGGGCCUGGCCAUGGGUGCUGGAUCUUCGAAACGCAGCUUGCCUUCCUCGCUCUACAAGGAGUCCUAUCUGGAAAAUCAACUCCGGGGAGAAAUUCCCUGUUGCAGCUCCAUCAGUCACCUCCGCUCUUUCCUGCCCCUCCGUAACUCCAAAGGGUACACCAAAGAGAUGACCGACGAUGACAGCAGUCCUGACCUCUGCCCCGCAAACUGUGAAGAAAGACGCAAAGGGAGCUCAUGUUGCACCCACCAGUCGCCGCCCAGCGAGGAGGACAAAGGCGAAGACGACGACUCCGUGCACAACUUUGUGAUGGAGAUCAUCGACAUGGCGUCGGAGGCUCUGAAUCCCAAAACGCACUCGGACACGGAGGCCGGGAGUCCCAACCCAGUGGCCCAGAUCAGAGACAAGGUGCUGGAGCACUCGCACCGACCGAUCCGCCUGAAAAAGGGCGACUUCUACUCCUACCUCUCCCUGUCCUCCCACGACAGCGACUGUGGCGAAGUCAACACCUACGAUGAGGAGAAAAGCAGCACCCCUCUGCCCACCGCCCUCGCAGACGGAGACCAGGAGUUGCUCUUCGAAGCCUGUGAGAAGGACGACCACGACGGCCCCAAACUCGACUGCCACAGGCCGGCCACCGGGACGAGCGGCGAGAAGCCAAACGCGGGCCGCUCCUCUUUUGAAAGGAAGUGAGGCUCGGAGCCAGUUAGAGGACCAUAAUGAGGCGUCUUAUCUUAAUCCUUUUCCGUGUGAAACCCUGAUAGACACUGCUGAAUGUUUUGCAGAUACUAAAACGCUUGAAUCCAAUAUUUCUCCUGUAAUGACUAAGAUAAGAGACUCUUGCUCCAGUACAAAUCCUUUAAAAGAGGAAGACGGCCUUUAUAUUAAUCCUAAAAUUAACUGUCCUCAGAUGAGAAAAGGCGAUAGGGACGAGAAAAGCCCGGCUUCACCGCGGAUGAAACAGAAACAUGGCAGAAGCGGAUGUCGCGCUCUUCAGGAGGCCAAGUCACCCCGUGUGCAGGCGCUCACUUCAGACAAGCAUCCGAAAGGUGACCGGAGAGCAGCAGCCGCCAAAGGCACCAACACCUGCGACUACCGGGCCGCUCCCUCCACUUCCCAGAUCCCCAGGGUGGCACGGCUUGCCAGCGGCCUCCCCAAGAGACCCGUCUGCAACUUGGCUCCAUCGCGCCCGAAAGCCGGCCCGUGACGCUGCUGCCAUUCCUACGGAGACGGAGAUGGAGAGUUGCCCGCUCGUCGUCUUUGCCACGAGGUCAUGUGGCCGCUUCUGCUUCUCCUCGUAGCGUUGGGACGGUGACCCUCAUAACUCCCACGUUGUCAGACAGAGCAGCCAGCUCCUCUUCUCUUCCGUUUGGGUUUUUCUUCACCCCCCCCCCCCCCAUUAUGGACUUCCGGCUACCUCAAGCACCCCCUGUGUCCCCCAACCCGGUGUAUCGGCAUCUCUCUGGCUCUGUCUCCUCCAAGUAGUGCUCUCACAUGGCAAAACGAGCAAAGACACACGUCGUAGUCAAGAAAGGGACGAGGACCCCAGCUUUUGGGAGACCCUCCGCGCUGGAGCCACCGUCGUCAAGCCCACUGCAGUGCAUCGAUGUCUUAUCUAUGCAACAUCCGGCGGUUGCAUCUGAAGGCGGGCGCGGACUCCUCCAACACGACACGUCGGGGUUUCCGAGUCGAGGAAACGUGUGAAACUCCAAAAAACGCUGUGCCUUGCUGUCUUUCUACGCCCUUUGUUAACACACUCUACUGCUUUUCCCAGCUAGCGGCUGUAACCACAACGGAAUAGCAAGGUUAGGACGUGUGAAUACUCUCUGUAUAUAUGUACAAGUAUGUGCAAAUAUCGAUGUGAAACGAUAAGCUUGACGUCAGAGUGGCAAGUGUUCAGUGAUGUGCAAAAUAAUCCGCCUUAAAAGUGCUAGACUGCAUGACAAACACACAAUACGUGGAAACACGAGGUGGUAAAUAAAGUUAAUUUAUUAAACAAG